GAUGGGAGGAAAAAUCGAAGGAUCCGGGAUCCCCCUCCUCCUCUCUCUCUCUCUUUCGCUCUCCUCUCUGUCAGUGCCUCCCUUUCGUCGGCUCCCUCUCUGUCACUGCUUUAUUUCUCUUUUUAACGUUUCUCUCUCUCUCUCUCUCUAGAGUGGACUGCCACUCUCGGCCGUGUGCCUCUCCUCUUAUGGUCUCAACCACCAGCAAUGGCCGUUAUCUCUGCAAAAUUCUGAAUUUUUCUUCGGGAACGUUUUGCACCUCGUUCGUCUGGGGUCUCUCUGAAGAUGGGCGCCGUAACUUCAUCCAUGGCAGCCAAGUUUGCCUUCUUCCCACCGAACCCUCCUUCAUACAAGAUCGUAGCUGACGAAUCUCGCGAGGGAUUGUCCAUGACCAACGUCCCUCACAGGGAGAACGUCGACGUUCUGAAGAUUAGGACGAGGAAGGGGAAUGAAAUCAUCGCCAUCUACGUGCGCAACCCAAUGGCCAACCUCACCUUGCUCUACUCUCACGGCAACGCCGCUGACUUGGGGCAGAUGUACGAGCUCUUCGUGCAAUUAAGCAUUCAUCUCAGAGUCAACCUGAUGGGUUAUGAUUAUUCUGGGUAUGGACAGUCUUCUGGGAAGCCAAGUGAGAACAAUACUUACGCAGAUAUAGAAGCUGCUUACAAUUGUCUUGUGGAGAAAUAUGGGGAAAAGGAGGAAAAUAUAAUUCUGUAUGGACAAUCUGUUGGAAGCGGGCCAACUUUAGACCUAGCAACUCGCUUGCAUCAUUUAAGAGCUAUUGUUCUGCAUAGUCCUAUACUUUCAGGCAUGCGUGUUAUGUAUCCUGUGAAGCGCACAUACUGGUUUGAUAUAUAUAAGAACAUUGACAAAAUCCCACUUGUAGCCUGCCCUGUCCUGGUUAUUCACGGGACAUCUGAUGAAGUAGUUGACUGGUCUCAUGGCAAGCAGCUAUGGGAACUUUGCAAAGAAAAGUAUGAGCCUUUGUGGCUUAAAGGAGGAAACCACUGUGACCUUGAACUUUAUCCUGAAUACAUUAGGCACCUUAGGAAGUUUGUCUCAACUGUUGAGAAAACACAAUCGCGUGGUGGUUCAAGGCGAAGCACUGACCAGCAUGAACCAUCUAGGCAGAGCACUGACCAUUUCGAGGCUUCAAGAAAGAGCACCGGCCAAAGAGAGAACAAGUCAAGGACUAGAACAAAAGGGCCUCCAAAGCUGGGUACUGACCUUAAGCGUGAUAUCGAGAAUUCGGACAAUCUCAAAUCCUCUGUCAGCCAGUUUGAGAAGUCACGUCGGAGUGUUGAUCAGCAUUACAGGCCCAGGAAGUGCAUGGAACAGCUAGACAGGGCCAGGAAAAGUGUUGAUCGCUUGGACAGAAUAAGAGCAGGCUGAAAGCUUGCACAUUGUUGUAAAAAGGCACACGGUUGUAUGGGAAAAUGUAUGUUCGGGCAUUUAUUUUCAUGUAAUAGCUUGUUUGUAGCUCUAACAAAAAAAGGAAGGUCUCUUAGCUUGAUGUCUAAUCUGCAAAACUCUAAUAUCAAUUAAGAAAGGUUCAUGAUAAA